AUGGUGAAAAGCAUUAGCACUAAGACCCCGAAAGCUCCACUGUCAUUGGAAAUAUGCCCCCCAAAACGAGCCCUGGUGGACAGGGGACGGUUCAAAAGCAGCCCCACCACAGAAACACCACCACAGCCCAUCAAAUCUGGCAACCCAGACUCUGAAAACUACUUAACAAUACCUGUAGAAGGCAGGUGUGUCGGUCAAGUGAAACUGUCCAUUCAAGAGCAGGUAUUCCCAAGCAGCCCUGCUGCCAGUCAACCUGGCAUCACCGACACCAAGAGAUCCGAGCAUACUUCUAUCCAGUCCCUCAAACGGUCCCCUGUUGUCAUGGAGACGCAGCCCACGGAUACCCCCACCACCCCCACUACCACCACCAUCUACCACCGCUCUCUACCAGUGGUCAAGCAAGGAGCCCCCCAGCCGCAGGUGUUCUGCUUCUCCCCGUCCAUUGCCCCCCUGCCCACAACCCCUUCGGGGGGAGACCCCUUCCAGCCUACCCAGAGGAAGAUGCUCUUUGAUCCCACCACCGGACAGUACUACCUGGUGGACACUCCGAGUGAGCCAGUCACCCGGCGUCUCUUCGACCCUGAGAUGGGCCAGUAUGUGGACGUGCCCAUGCCUAUGCCACAGCUGCAGCCAGUGACCCCCAUGUCUGUGUCCCCCCUGGCGCUGAACACGGGAGGGGUGUACGCACCCACCUACAUGAUCUACCCGGGGUUCCUCUCACCCAUGCUUCCUGCACAGACGGUGAUAACACCCCAAGUCGCAUCCUACGUGGCAUCCCAAUUGGAGGACGACAGCGGGGAUACGGCUCACGGGAAAUACACCCUGGUGCGUGGGGGGGGACAGGAGGGUAACAUGACGGGGGCAGAGAGCCCCUACUACAGUGCUACUGGAGGGUCAGUGCCAGCGUCAGUGCCCAUCACCUUGGGCCACCACGUCACUACCCGGGGGAGUGCGGCCUUGUCAGAAGGGAAACCACCGGUCAUCAGCAUCACGUCGCAGCAACGCCCGAGAAUCAUUGCACCACCCUCCUUCGAUGGGACGACCAUGAGCUUUGUUGUGGAGCAUCGGUAACCACUAAGGGAAUAUACACAGAGUGCUUAUUGAGGAGCCUGUCCUGUGAUAAGUAGAUGUUUCAUGGUAAUCUUCUCACACCCUUCUUCGCACCCAGUCCACCAAAUUCCACCUGAACCCACAAUGUUUCCAAGCCCAACCACCUGCCACCAUCACCACCCCAUCCAACUCUAUCCUGCCGGUGGUCUUUGCAGCACGUCUGUAUCUGUAAAGCUAUGCUUCAUGCCUACAGCUUGUUUGUAAGGUAGCUAAUUGCUUUGUAAAACUGCUUUCAUAUCUGUAUUUAGAUUACAGACUAUUCCUUUUGUUCAAAAGCAAUUGGUUUCAGGCACUGCAAUAUUGUGAUUCAAAAGGAAAUAAUGUAGACUGUUGUCCAAUUAAGAUUCAACAUUUCAGACACUUUAUUGGGUCCACAAACAUUGAAUUCAGCACAUUUCCCAUCCUGCGAAGCAAACGUCUGUUUUUGAAUUCAGAACAAGUUGUGUUUGUUUCUCAGUUAUUGUUGAAAAAAUGAUAUUGCAGCAUAACAGUAUCAUUCAUCAUACAAUAGCAUUCAAUGUACAAGCUGCUAUGAUUCAUGGGAGAAUAAGUAAACAUUUCAAUUUAAGUGGAAGUUAGGAUUCACUCGAGUCCAGUAAACCUGUAGUUCAGAAUAGCAGAAUAGAAGGCCCAUAAAAGUCACACACGUGUGUGUGUGUGCGUGCGCGAGUGUGAUUGUCCCAACAAAAAUAUUUAAUCAGUAGAUGUACAAUAGACCCUGUUACACCAUACAUUGGAAAACAUUUGCAUUUGCAGGGGGGUUAAUUCCAAUUCAAUGCAUCAUAUAGAUUGAAAAUCCAAUCCAGGAAUUAUUUGUAAUUAUUUUUUAUUUUUUAUUCUCUAAACUGAGGCGUUUCCUUUUUCGCUUGGCUCUUUGGUGACCUGGAGAAGUAGUAAAAAGAUCCCUUUCACUCUCUGAACUAGCUGCACCCUUUGUUUCCUCAUUUUGCAGCUAAUAGCCACACAGUUAUUGGAUUGUAUGAUUUGAUGUGCUUUUAUAUGACAUUUGUAUGGCACUCUCCUUGUAUGCAAAUAAUAUGAUGAUAGACUUAAGAGAAACACACUAAGUGUGUUGCUGAGAAAAGCUGGAGCCCUGGGACCUGCCACAUAUUUAGUGGUUGUUUAGAGUCAGAGGUUGGCUAUAUAGUAUAUUUGGGGCAAACAUUUCCCAAGUAGCUUUACUGUAGGCUUAGGGGAGCCAGCUAUAGUUGAGUCAUUUUAUGGGAUAACCUCCUCUAUAGGUUUUGGCUAACUUUUACACUCACGUGUAAAAGGACAAUGAUAUGGUGCCUGUGUGUGUAUGUACUGUAUGUGUUUAGUAAUUGUGAGGUAUUAUGCAUUAUGUGAACAGACAACAGGCUAGCGUGUUACAGAAGAACUCAGAUAAAUUAGAAGUGCAUCAGUCGAUCAUUCAUUCAUACAUACGUUUUUUUAAAUUUAAGAUUUCACAAUGGUUUGGGUGGUUGCCUACUUGUAAACAGGAACGGGAAAGGAAUUAUCUUUCCCUUUGAUCCUUUUCUUAAAUGGCAAUUAUUUAAAAAAUAGUGGAUACUGCUAAUUCAUCCCCAUUCUGAAUACUUUCAGAAUAAUUCUGAAUGCCAAUUGUAAAAAAUGCUUAUAUUCAUAUUCACAGGACGAGGGUUGGGGUGAAUUCAAAUUUCAAUUCAGUAAUUUCAGGUCAUGAUUUGAAAUCAAAUUAAUUCAUUGAAAAUUGCUCAUUAUUAAAACAAAUUGGGAUGUGGACUUUUACAUUUAUUAAUACAAUUUCAACUCACACCCAGGGAUGAAUGAGCUAACAUGAAAUUGACUCCAAACUUAAAAAAUAUACUAAUCUCUUUCUUUCCUUUUGAACAAUUUUGCAGUGCAACAAUAGACACUCACGCUUAGAGCAAUGGUGCUUUCUUCAGUUUUUUUUCUUCCAUGUUUGAAUGUGCAUACUGUAGGUUGCUGUUUUUCUUGUUUUACACAUUAGAAAAUGCAUUAAAGGUAUUUUCAGCUGCUGGUCAGUCUAUGAACCUGAAAAAUAUAUUUGAGUGUUCUGUCUGUGACAACAUACUGUAUAAAAAAGUACCCUGUGAGUUGAUUCCACUGUGGAAGAAAGUAUAGUCACAUUACAACCCACUGGGCCAUGGAUCUAUAACAUUUUGAAAAAUAUUCACCUGUUACAAAAGGGUGGAUUAAAUUGACUAACGCUAUUUCACCUUUAUCAUGCAAGCAUUUGGAUUCAAACGUCAAACAUGAUACCUUUCAAAAUGUCAAACCAGAGAAGACAAUUUACUUGUAUUUUUAUUUCACAUAUCAUUUCUUGUGUUGUUGGUUUUUAUGAAAUGGUUAAUAUACUGUGGAAUGUAAACUGAAUUUCCUUCUUAAGGGUGUGUAAUUGCUGUUGGGCACAUUAGUGCACUUGGCAGGCUAGAUAAAUGAUUUUAUUCGCCAACCAAUAGCAGUGUAUACUAUAACAGUUGAACAUUGGUCGAUGAUGUUUGUUGUCCUUCAAAAGGAAAUUUGUUAACUAUUAUCCUGAUGAAUUGUUGAAUACUAGAAUGAAGUCUAAUUGAAUCCUGACACAAAGUAGCACAUUCUAUUGAACAGGACAUUCACACUACUUACAGAGCCUUCAGAAAGUUUGGACUUUUCCAAAAUGUUUGUUGUGUUACAGCCUGCAUUU